UCAUAUUGGCGCGUGCGCAAAACGUUUCGAUAUUCGAUAUCUCGACUUAACCUAACUCUUGAACAAAAGACAGCAGAGAAACAAAAAAGAGAAGGAAAAAAAAAAUAAUUCGAUAGAUGCGCGCGCACGUCAGUGUCGCUUCGAGCUGCGGAGCUGGAGGUAGUCGGAAUAGGGCAGGUGUUUUUGUGUUUGUUGUCAAAAUUGUAUAAUAAUCUUGUUGAAUACGUUCGAUAAUUGGUACAAAAAUUUAUCGAUACUCCAUAGAUGUUCUUCAAGAAGUUAUCCAAAAAAGUGAUCCAUUAUUUGGCUUGCGCGCGCUGACGGUUUGGCGGCCAUCAUUAAUUCUCGAUAGAAUAUUAAUAGCAUUCAUUGAGAUAACUAUUUGUUUACCGAUUGUUUACGAUGUAGCAUGAAUACUAGUGUCUCCCAUUCAUCAAGUGAGUUUUGCGAUUAAAAAGUGGAGUGCUUCACCUCAAACGUUCGUUAGAAGAAACAAUUAAACGAAACACAAAAGUUCUAUUCGUGUGUGUCGUGAGUUGGGCAAAAUAAUUUUUUCCCUUUUUUGGCGGAAUACCAGUGGAACAAUCGAAGUGUGUGUUUAAACGAACAUUGCUACGUGCUGCGUGUAACCAACAACGGUAAGAAGUUUGGUUUUAACGUACAGCAAGCAGCAGCAGCAGGCCAGCGGCUAUGUACCGUUAGUUAAAAUUCUUCAUUCCCAUUUCCCCGUUUGUCGAGACUAACAAGUUGGGCCUACAGAGGGACAUCGUAGAGGCUUGUUGACCGCGCGGUAUAGUGUAGUGUACCGAGUUAAUUCAAAAGAAUAAACCUCCUCGACGAGCAUUCGUUAUUCAAUUAUCGAAAAUGAAUAAAAUGAGACGAUUAUCCAGGUGAUAAGAUUCGGAAUUCGCACGGCCCUGAAGGUGGUCAAGUGUUAUAUGACGUAUGCAAAGAAGCAGACACAGAAGCGAGCAGUGAACGCUUGAAAAGCGCGAGAGUCCGUCCGAAAGGCUUUAACCGCGUAGAAAUGAGAAAGUUGGUUCUGUGAAUAUCGAGAACGGGGCACAUAACGAAGGUAGUCGUGUCGCCGUUUAACUGUGCUGGACGAAGGAAGGAUUCGAACCAGUCGGUCGCGUUGCAGCAAAACCCUGGGGUAAGUAAGUAGGACGUGCGUGUGAAACGUUUUAUUCCUCUCGGGUGUCUGCAAGGAGUUGUUGUCGAACGUAGUUUCCAGUCGAGUUGGUAGUUCUCGUUGAGCGUGGCCACCGGCCAUUCAACGGCCGUCGUGCGUUCUCGCUUUACUUUAUUUUAUAGUCGUUUGAACGGAACCGAGCCGCGGUCAGUCCGGCGGAUAAUAAUCGCCAAAUUCCCGUUACAAUACAGAAACUCCUCGUUCACCGUUCUCUCUUCCCACGUCUGCUGAGUCGUCGUCAAUCCGUCGCGCCCCCGUCCCGGAGUUGGUCGAGAGCACACGUAUACGGAUAUACAUGUACAUAUUUUUUAUUUUCUCUUUAUCCUUGUGGCUCGGUCGCUCCGCUGCGGUAAACUAGACCGAGCAUGGGAACAGUGUUAUUUUAUGUGGCAAGCGACGGACGCGGUUAGAAUAUAUUAAUCCAGACGGUGAAACAAACUGCCUCCAGUCGGCGAUGUCCGUUGCGACGCGGGCGGUGUGCGUGUUAUUCUGGUGAUACGGAGACGCGAUCUGAUAACGGUUCAAAAUGAAUUUCACACCCUUUCCUGGGUUCACGACGGGGUCUUUACCCACGGGAACAGUGCACCAAUUUGCAACUGCAAAAUUUGCCCAAAAUCUAACCACCGGAGGUCAAGUUGUUGGGGUUUUGUCUGGUGGAGAAGGUGGAGUUCAUUACCUGAGACCUGUCGAUCCUAACGGAUUUGCCGUUGCUCAAGGAAGCAACAAUCAACAGCCGCAAAUCAUCAGCUUACCCAUCACUGUCCCUGGAAAAGAUGGUACCCAGCAACAGCAAACGGUGCAAAUCCAAGUUGUCAAUCCUAAUGUGACCCAGAGUGGUAAUAGCGGGGAUCAACCAAAGUAUCAUUUGGCUCCGAUAUCAUUGGGACAAUUCCCACAAGGAGCAGCUACCGUCCUGACUGUUGCCUACAGUCAGCAGGAUGCCGAUGGGGUUCAAAUUCAAGUUCAACCGCAGAAUACCAUUGCUACGACGCAAACGUCUGAUCAAACCACCCAAAGCACCGCGACGGCUGUGACAACGACGUCGCAACAAACGAUUCAACAAACCGUCCAUCUGCCUGGUGCUCCGGAAGGCCUAACUGUUGUGGCACAAAUUCCGCAGGAUUUGAUACUUAGGGAAGGACUGGAAGAAUCUAAAGAAGAUGUUAAGGAGGGUACAACUCCGGUAGCGCUUAUAAAACGAGGUACCGUCAAAAACCAGGGUAAUCAAAGCAACGAAGAAUUGAUAACUUCCAUGCCUGCCAGUUGGCAAAGCUUAGCAACACCUGGAUCCACUGUUGCAGACUAUUUGUCUAGACUGCCUGCCAGUACGCUACCCUUAAGCUUACAUUCCUUUUUGAAAUUCUCUGCGGAGACUAUCAAAAGAGAGGCGACCAUAGAAUCCAGUCCCUUGGGUGUGGAAGGAUUAGAUGUUCCAGUUACCACUGCCUCUGGAGAACAUGCAGUCCAUAUCACAGUAGCUGGAACUGACAAUGAGAUAAUUCCAGAUGUCGUCGAAGGUGCUGAACCUGGAACAAAGCCCAAGAAAAAGAAAAAAUAUAAAAAGAAGCCUCCAAAGCCAAAGAAACCUAAACCAGGUCAAGUAACUAUUGCAACUGCUUUAGACGGAACAACGUUGUUCUGCUGUCCGCAAUGUAACAUGGCGUACCCUGAAAAAGAAUUAUUAGAACAACAUCUAAUUGGACAUAAAAUUGAGAGGAGAUUUAUUUGCGAUAUGUGCGGGGCGGGAUUAAAACGUAAAGAACAUUUGGAGCGGCAUAAACUUGGACAUAGUCCGGAAAGACCAUUUAUUUGUUCGGUCUGCAUGAAGGGCUUCAAGCGAAAAGAACACCUAAAUCUACAUUUUGUGAUACACUCGGGGCAGAAAACUGAGGUGUGUACGGAGUGCGGAAAAGCCUUUUAUAGAAAGGACCAUUUACGUAAACAUGCGAGAUCGCAUCUGGCCAAGAGAGUUAAAGAGGAACCCUUGGGAACUUUGGACAAUUCUCAAAAUCAACAACAGAACCAGCAACACCAGGAGCAACACCAGGAACAACACCAGGAGCAGCACCAGGAACAGCAGCAACAACAACAGCAACAGCAACAAAAUAACGUACCAGAAUUGCAACAAAUUCAAAUCCAAGUUGGUCAAGGUUCUCAAGCCCAAAUUCAUCAAAUUUCUGUUAGUGAACAAUCUACGGUAGUUUUACCAACCGCGGCUGAAACUGGUGCCAUGGCUAUGCUGCACCAUCAACAACAGCAUUAGCAACAGCCUACCGCCCAAAAUCAAAUAGGGCGGUAUUUUCGGUUCAAUCAUCAGCAGGCCAAGGGAAGAGUAAGGCAAAAUGUACAGAAUAAUUGAAACAAUUGAGACUCUAGAUAUUAAAAAUUUUUAAAUCAGUCAUCGUUGAAGCCACGCGGUUUGUUUCUAGUCUAACAACUCACACGAAGCUUCUAAUUACAGACAGAGUUCUUAACAAGCAUUUUAUUUUCAUUCGUAGAGAGUGCUUUGUAUGAUAUUGUUAUAUCUCAGCUUCAAACAUGGGUGACUUUGUCAACAGAAAAAUUUUCACUUAGAGUCAAAACUUAUUCAAAGUUUUCAAUUCUCAGAAACACAGACGCAAUGGUAUAUGAUUUACAAACAACCAUCACUAUCGUUGGCUUGAACAAUACUGAAAAAAUAUUUUGACACAUCACAUUACGAGUAACGCAUGUUAACACAUAACUUUUAUCGUUGACGUCUUUACAAAUAAAAGUAUCGUCUGAAGUCUAUCGAAACUUGAAAUUACUUAUAAAGUCUUGACUUUAAAUUUCACUCAACGAUCAGCCAUCGAGAAGGCUCUUACACGAGAAGGUGGUCCAAUUGUAUUCUCUAGCGAGUGUCAAUUCCGACGACAUUUUUGUAGUGCAUUUAUAGCAUCAAGAUAGCCUUGCCUGGGUGUAAGCAGAAAUUGGAGAAAAUUUCUGAUAAGUGUCGUGUAACAAUAAUUUUGCAUAAAAAAUAUUCACAUAAUUAAGUUACACGUGAACUUGACAGAUCCGUAAAACAGUUAGCUGUGCAAGAUAUUAAAUGACAAAUUUCAUCCUGAUAAAAAGAAGGGUAAAAAUGACAAUGUUAUAUCACUUUUGCGACCAUGUAUUAUCAAAAUUAAGGUAACAAAAAAGUAUCUCCCACCAAUAGAAAACUCCAUCUUUAUUUAUUUAUUUUCGCACGUGUUGUUUAAUUCCUUUUCACAAAGCAAUGCAUUGUAUGAAUACCAAUGAAUUCUUUAUUUUGUAUUUUUUUUCCCCUCCUCUUCCGUUCUUUGCAAAUAUUUCUUUCUGAGGAUUGUAAACUACCAGAAAUAAAGUCCGGUUUACUAUUUGCGCGCAUGUAUCGCUGUCUCGCUAAAUAGUGUUGAACGAUACGAAAUCUCCUGAAAUAUCAUUCUUCGAAAUUUUGAUUAUCGUAUUUGAGAACAGAAAGUAAUGUAUGACAUUUUAUUAUUCGUUGAAAUGGACCGGACGUUAAUGUAAAUUAGAUUGAAAAUUAGUAUAAAUUCAUUCACUUCUUACAUAUAACAAGUAAUUAUAUUAGCGGUAAACAGAAAUGACUUGACAAAAAAGGAAGAAUAAAAAAGGUGUCGCCGGCUAAAAUUGAAUUAUUACUUAGGUAAUUCUAACGUGCAAGUAGGAUUAAAAGAUAAAAAAAAGUACAUAUAUUUUUGAAAGCGCCAUUCGGAAUUACUGAUGGUACAAAUAAUUCAAUUUAAGCGCGCAAGAAAAAAAAAUAAUGAUGAAUA